AUGAGCAGAAUGGCGCCGCCUCAUGUUUUAGCGUUUCCAUUCCCUGCCCAAGGUCACAUUAAUCCGAUGAUACUGCUGUGCCGCAAGCUCGCUUCAAUGGGAUUCAUUAUAACCUUCAUCAACACUCGCAGCCGCCACGAGCAGGAGUUCAAGAAAUCCACUGCCGUGGGGGAUGAUUCUUUCAGGUUUGUGAGCAUUCCAGACGAUUGUCUCCCAAAGCACCGGCUGGGGAACAACCUCCAGAUGUUUCUCAAUGCCAUGGAGGGGAUGAAACAAGAUCUGGAGCAAUUGGUGACGGACAUGGCUAGCGAUCCCCGCCGCCCUCCAGUGACUUGCGUACUCUUUGAUGCGUUUAUUGGGUGGAGCCAGGAAUUCUGUCACAACCUUGGAAUCGCUCGGGCACUACUGUGGACGUCGUCCGCUGCCUGUCUUCUCCUUUGCUUCCACUUGCCUUUGCUCAAGCACCUCUUACCAGCAAAAGGGAGGAAAGAUAUAAUAGAUUUCAUGCCUGGGCUUCCUUCUUUUUGCGCAAGUCACCUCCCGAGCACACUCCAGCACGAGGACGAGUGUGAUCCAGGCUUUGAACUCCGAAUCCAACGCUUUGAAAGGAUGAAAGGUGACGUUUGGGUGUUUGUGAAUUCCUUCCAGGAGAUGGAAGAAGCACCCUUGGAUGCUGCCCGAGACGUGAAUCCAAAUUGUAUUGCGGUUGGGCCCUUGCACUUUGACGACACGGUGGAGGAGACACAAUUGAGCAUAUCUCCGAUCGAAGACACGAGCUGUUUGGAGUGGCUGGACAAACAGGCACCAAGCUCGGUCGUCUACGUUUCCUUCGGAAGCGUCGCAACCAUCUCUUACAGUGACGCUCAGCAGAUUUACAAGGGACUUGCCAACAGCGGCCACGCAUUCUUGUGGGUGAUCAGGCUCGAUCUUCUCCAAGGCAGUGACGAGCAGGCAAGGAACGAGUUCUUGGCCAGGAUACAGCAGAACGAAAAGGGGCUGAUAAUCUCUUGGGCUCCUCAAGUCAAGGUGCUGGAGCAUGAAUCCGUGGGUGCUUUCCUCUCUCAUUGCGGAUGGAACUCGACACUCGAGUCUUUGUCCGCGGGAGUUCCCAUCCUAUGCUUGCCUUGCUUUGCCGAGCAAGUUUUCAACACUGCGUGGGUUGUUGACACUCUCAAAGUUGGAGUUCGCAUCAAGAAGGCCAUGGAGGCUGGUAUCCAUGCAAGCCAUGUCGAGGAUAUGGUGAGGUUUGUCAUGGGACGAGACCAUUGCAGCGGCGACGAGCUGAGACGUAGAGCCAAAGAGUUGCGCCAUGCAGCCAAACGAAACGUCCAGCCAAAUGGUUCUUCGCAUGCAAACCUCGUCAACUUUGCUAAAGCAUUGAAACUCCACUGUGACCUAUAACGCAUGGGAUGACCUCACCUUGUUUCCUACUUGGGCACAUGGUCUUAGACUUUACUUGGAGGAUUCCAUCCAAGUUAGAACAAAGGACUUUGGACGUUCUUGAUAUGAUUGCAU